AUGAAAUUAGAACCAUUUAAAGAAGUUUUAAAACGUCAAAUACCAACUGAUAUUGGCAAGCCGAUAUCAAUGAUAACAUAUCACUUGGAUCAUCCAAAAAAUUGUGGUGAUCCAUGGAUUGGUGCUUACUCAAAGUAUGGCUUUUGGUACAAAUUUUCAUUUGGUACCAACAAUGAUUAUGAGAAGGUGGUUGCACGAGCAUAUGAAAGUGAUUCAUAUAAAUUGGAUUAUAAUUCGCUAAAUGUAUGGCAAACAAUUCCUAGCUGUGAUUAUCGAUUUAUUAUUGCUAAAAAUCAAAGUGACGAGCCAGUCGGUAGCAUAGUAAUUGCAUACUGUCAUGAUGUGACAGUGAUCGGUGUUUACUAUGUGAUCGAAGAGUACCGCCAUUCGGGCAUUGGAAGUAAACUUUUUGACGAAGCAUUAAGAAAUAUUAAUCAACGACAAACAGUCAUAUUUCAUUCAAUGUCACAUUUGGCCAAUAAAUGUCAUCGUUUUGGUUUGGUGACAACAUUCUCGCAGCAAUGGAAAUUUGCUACAUAUGAAAUUAGCAAUCCAUCAGCAUUUCCCACACUUCAAAAUGAAAAAAUUACAAUCAUUCGAUUUAGCAAUCUUUCGGAAGUUGAACUUAUAGCAUUGCUAAAAUAUGACAGUAAUGUGACACAUUUGAAACGAAAUGUUUGGUUAAAGGAAUGGCUUAAACAAAAGAAUUACAAUACUUAUGUGGCUUUUCAACAAGAUGAAGUGAUCGGUUAUGGAUGUUCGAGAGAGACAGCUGGAGGCUAUGUACUGCCAAUAUUAGUUGGACCACUUUAUGCUGAUAAUUUUGAAGUUGCCAGUGCUUUACUUUAUGCUAUAUUGGAGAAAUACUAUAAUCCGGAUGAUGAUUAUGAUUGGGAUCCGGAUAUUUUUGCAAUAUACAGAAGGAAUGUGUAUUUUGUAGUACCAGAUGAGAAUAUUCAAAUGAUAGAGUUAAUGAAGAAAUUAAAAGGCGAAACAGGAAUACUUGGAAAAGAACGAUUAUGCUAUAUUACACAAACAACGAACACUUUGCCAAAUGUUGAUUUCAGUAAAAUUUUCUCCGUUUCCGAUAUGCAUAUGUCCGUUAUAUAA